CUGUUGUCAUAUAAUGCCAUGAACUUCCUUCUUCCUCCUCUUCUCUGUAAUCCAAACCAGAAGAACAGAGAUCAGGCAUGACGUUCAGAGACGUUUUCACUCAUCUGGGUUCCAUACUCGCCAGUCUAAUGUUCCUUUGGGCUGUUUUCCAACAAUAUUUCCCUUACCAACUUCGCAGCUCCAUCGAGAAAUACUCACAAAGAUUCGUGAGCUUCGUCUACCCUUAUAUCCAGAUUACCUUCACUGAGUUCACAGGCGAGCGCCUAAUGCGCAGUGAGGCUUAUUCCGCCAUUGAAACCUAUCUGAGCUCAAUUUCCUCCACGCAAGCAAAGCGGCUCAAGGCCGAUAUAGUCAAGAACAGCAACCAGUCUCUGGUUCUAAGCAUGGAUGACCAUGAAGAGGUCGCAGACGAGUUUAAUGGAGUCAAGCUAUGGUGGGCAUCUGGCAAAAAUGUUGCCAAGACACAAUCCUUCUCAUUCUACCCCAUCACAGACGAGAAGAGGUACUAUAAGCUCACUUUUCAUAAACGUCACAGGGAUCUGAUCAUCGGACCUUACCUAAGUCAUGUUAUCAAGGAGGGUAAGGAAAUUAAAGUGAGGAAUAGGCAGCGGAAGCUUUAUACCAACAAUGGGUCAAUGUGGAGUCAUGUGGUGUUUGAGCAUCCUGCAACUUUCGAGACUCUGGCUCUUGACCCGGAGAAGAAAAGAGAAAUUAUUGAGGAUUUAAUUAUAUUUAGCAAGGCAGAGGAGUUUUAUUCGAGAAUUGGUCGAGCUUGGAAGAGAGGAUAUCUUCUUUACGGGCCUCCUGGGACGGGUAAGUCCACCAUGAUCGCCGCCAUGGCUAAUCUCUUGGGCUAUGAUCUUUACGAUCUUGAGUUGACUGCCGUGAAGGACAACACCGAGUUGAGGAAGCUACUGAUCGAGACUUCAAGCAAGUCGAUUAUUGUGAUUGAAGAUAUCGAUUGUUCGCUUGAUCUCACUGGUCAGAGAAGGAAGAAAAUGGAGAGAGAAGAAGGAGGAGAUAAAAAAGAUCCUAAGCAGAAGAUACCGCAAGAGGAGACAAAACCCAGUCAGGUUACUCUUUCUGGGCUAUUGAAUUUCAUUGAUGGGUUAUGGUCAGCAUGUGGAGGAGAGAAAUUGAUUGUUUUCACGACAAAUCAUGUUGAGAACCUUGAUCCUGCUUUGAUUCGAAAAGGGCGGAUGGAUAAGCACGUGGAAUUAUCAUACUGCAGUUUUGAAGCAUUCAAGGUUCUGGCUAGAAACUAUUUGAAACUCGAAUCUCACCAUUUAUUUGACCCGAUUCAGAGAUUGUUCGCAGAAACCAAGAUGACCCCCGCUGAUGUUGCCGAACAUUUGAUGCCGAAAAUGGCUUCUGGUGAUCCAGAAGCAUGCCUGGAAAGUCUGGUUCGAGGUCUUGAGCUUUCCAAAAUGAAAGCUGAGGAUGAAGAAAAACCAGAAAGGAUUACCAGAGUAAGAAAAUCAGAAGAAGAGCUUCCAGUUACUGGUAAAAAUAGAGCAAAUGAUUAAACUCAACAGAAUACCAGUAAUCAACGAGGCAGGCGUAGAAGAUGAUCUCCAUAUGUGCCAAACUCUUUACCAUUUAAAGAUUUUGCAAACAUAAUUUUGAGAUAUCAGAAAUGUGAUACUUCAAUUUUAAA